AUGAUUGCAAAAAAAUCAGAAAAUAUUCUUCUGAUAAUUUUAAGGUUUUUUCGAGAAGGGAAAUGUUUCGAGGCAAUGAGUUGCUUAAAACGUAUAUUUUCUGGAAAAGAAUAAAGUUUAUUAGGAUUAGAUUUAGUAUAAACCUUGAAAUAAUUGAGAUUAGAAAAUGAAUCAGAAGCAUGCAAAAAAUUAAAUGAAAAUACUCGUUAAAGUCAUCCAGGAUGGGUUGAAUUAUUAUGCAGUUUACUAUAAUAUUAUAUGGAAAGAGAAAGAGGAAGUGCUUAAGUUAUUGAGCAUUUUGAAAAUCUUUUUAAAAAUAGUAAAUGGCUUCUAGAUGAGUAACGUCAUGAGAUCUAUCAAUUUUUAUGUAAAUAGGUUGUUACAGAAUAAUAUAAAAUUGUUUAAAUUAUGAAAAGAAAAGCAAAAGAUUCUGAGGCUGUUAAAGAAGCUUCUCAUGCUUAAGAAAAACUUGAAAGCAAAAGUUUACAAAUAUUUUAAGAAAUGGGAAGAGAAGUCAAUAUUAAGAAUAUGUAAAAACUUAAACUAUUAAAUGCUAAUUAAUAAAUGAAAAUUUAUUUUAAAGCUUUUAAAUUUGAUAGUGCUGCUGCAUGUGAUAAAGUUGAAAAAGAAUAAAAUCUUCUUUUAGCAUCACCAAAAUAAGAUUAAAUAACAUAUCAUUAUUAUAAAGGUAGAAUUCUUAUUUUUGAUUCUAAAUUUUAUGAAGCAUCCUAACAUUUAACUUAAGUUUUGUAAGAAUGUCCGAGAACCUAAAAAGGAUUGUCAUGUGCAAGAUAAGUUUUAAAAUAUUUAAUUCCAAUUAAUAUGUUUAUAGGAAGAUAUCCUAAUAAAGAAUUGAUUGAUUAGUUUAAAGAAUAUGAAUUAUUAUGUACAAGUGUAAGAUAAGGAAAUAUAUCUGGAUUACAAGAAGCAAUUGAUAAAUAUCGAUCCAUAUGGAUUAAGAGAAGUUUAUUAAUUUUGAUGGAUCAAUUAAAAGUACUUUGUUAUAGGAAUUUAUGCAGAAAAGUUUGGCUAAUUAAUUAAUAAGCCAAUAAAAUUCAUUUGGAGUAAUUUUAAAAAGUAAUUUAAUUACUAUUUAUUCAGGCCUUUAGGAUAUCACAUCCAGCAAAUAGCAAUCCUACAAUCUCUGAAGUAUGUUGCAUAAUAGCCAAUUUAAUUUAUUUAGAAUUAAUUAGAGGCCACAUCUAUUUGAACAAUGAAAAAAAUAUUUAUGCUAUCACACUCAGCCCUUAAUAGCCUUUUAAAGAUAAACCAGGUGAAAUUAAAUGGUAACAAUGAUAUCUGUAUUAUAU